CAUUUUUAGCCAAUUACUGCCAAGCAGCAAGUGGUUAGAGCAUCAGUUCCUUCGGCGUCUGUUAAAUCAAUCCUCUCUAUAGUGUCUUCGAUCCGAUCAAUCGACUGCGCUAUCUGACAACACGAAGCUUCGGUUUUGACUGCACAGACUUGGUUUCGCUCUUCAAGGCUCUCCCUUUCCAUGUCCUCUCUCUGCCAUUUCGCACUGCGUGGAGCUUCUUCUUGUUCUUGAAUCACCCUCGCCAAAGGGUUUUGCUGUUGACCCUGUCUCCAGGGGAAAGGAGAUAGGAGUUUGAUUCUACAUCAUGUUGAAGCGAUCGACGAGUCGGAACCAGAGGCCGAGAGGCGUGAGGAUGAAGCACGUUCUUCAGAUUGUAGUGUUAGUGGGCAUUUGCUUUUGGUUGAUUUACCAAGUUAAGUACUCACACGACAAGAGAAGGGAGUUGAGCGGAAAGGAUGCAAAGUUGUCGAGAAAAGAGGAGGACGGUAGCGAUGUUGUGAAACUCGGGCGGAAAGAUCUGAAUCGUGUGGCGGACGUCGGUGGUCAGAAUGAGAAGCACGUUGAAGAAGAGGAAGAGGAAGAAGAUAAACAUGAAGACGGAGAAGAAGACCGGGAGGAAGAGAUGAGUAAAAAGGAAGACGAUCAAAGUGAAGAAACUGAAAAGCAUGAUGAAGAGGAAGGGCAAGAAGAAGAAGAAGGGGGAAAGGAGCGUGAAGUGGAAGACGAGGAGGAGACUAAAGAUGAUGAACCCGAGAAUCAAGACAAACCACGAGACGAGGUUGAUCGAGAUGAAGAUUUUAUAGACGAGGAGAAAGAGAGAGAAGAGGAAUCUUCUGAAGACAAGGAGACCACUGAAGACAAGGAAGCCUCUGAAGACAAGGAGACUGCUGAAGGCAAUGAGGAGGAGGAGGAAGAGAAGCAGGGUCUUGUGGAAGAUGAAAAUCAAAGUCUCGCUGGGGAUGAAGCGCAUGAUGAGGUGGAUAGGAGCAUUCAUGAAGCAAGGGAAGAACAUUACAAGAGGGACGAUGCUUCAAGUGCAGUUGCCCACGAUAAUAAUCAGCUGAUCAGCUCGGAGAUGGAGAAAUUCGAUUUAGAUUUUGCAAAUGAAUCGAAAAGCAUCACUAACACGUCUAACCAGUACACUAAUGGGGGCGAGAAUGUGUCCAUGUCUGAUGGCAAGAAAAUUGAGAUGGCUGAAAAAGGUUCGGAUUUGAAGGAGACUGAAGCUCAAAGUAAGGAUAAUGAGAAUGAGACUGAUGCUGUAAAAGUCCUUGAAGACUCGCCUCCUCAGAAUUCAACUGUUUAUACAGACAAUAGCCUGGCAAAUAUUACCGCCACUGAAAUGAAUACUGAAGAUUUGUCCACUUCUCCUCCCAAUGGAACAGAGACGAUCAUAAAUCCGCCUCAAGUUCAGAAUUCAACUGUAGAUGUUGGACACAAAAAUUCUAAUGCAACCUCCAAUGGGAAAGGAAUUGAUUCAGUUUUAGCGACUCCCAGUGCAGGAACUGUGGAGUCUACAAAUUCUACAGGUACUGAUCCGCGUGCAGCUGUAUCUGAUCAGAAGCUUAGCUCUGAGGCAAAGGGUGAGGGUGGGGACAAUUUAAGACUGCCUUCGAACAUGAAGGAUAGCAAUGAUAACAACAUUCAGCAUCUACAUUCAGAGCCGAAUGAAUCUGGUGAAGCUAAAACUGGUUAGAUUCUCUGGCUUUUUCCUUCAUUUGUGAACCCCAGAAAGUGGCCCUGUUUUGAGUCCUGUGAUAGUCACGCUCUCAAAGAGAGUGAAAAAGUAGCUGUUGAUGAUUAGGCUGAAUGAUCUUCAAAGGUCUUGUAACACUUCUUUCGGGUUUUUCUUUUCUGCUUUUCUGUCUGGUCUGCAAUCAAGUUGUUAUCCAUGAAUGCUUCUGUUAUGAAUAUGGAAAAUCGGAACGAAACUAUUGCUAGGGAGUACAGUAUACCAAUUGUCCAACAAAAGUUUCCAGAACUCUUGCUGGUCUUUCUUAAUGGCAUUACACCUCACCUUCUCAUUGA